UGAAGGUCGAAGCUUCUUCUACGUUUCUGUCGUUUCCGUUUCAGGACGAAGGUCGAGACUCAGGUCGGUUCGAACCGGAUUCACUCAGAUGUUUCCACCAAUGAGAGGACGAGGAGGAGGCGCGACAUAUUUAAAGGCACAGCGUCCAGCUGAUCUGAACUCCAGGUUCGUCCUCAGGGACCCGGCAGAACGAUGAGCGUCCAGCCGAGUGCUCAGGAGGAGCUGCUGGAGAAGUUUCUGGACGCUGCAGCCAGAGGACACGUCACCCAGGUGACCUCGCUGCUGUCCCACGUCCCCUCGCUCAUCAACCAGGCAGGAAACAGCGGCUGGACGGCGCUGAUGCUCGCCGCUCGCCACGGACACUAUCCUGUGGUGGAGGAGCUGCUGUCACACGGCUGUGACAAGUUCUCCGUGAACGCUUCGUCACAGACGGCCUACGACGUCGCCAAGUUCUGGGGCCACCGACACAUCUCCAACCUCCUGGGUCGGACGGACGACGGCUGCCUGCGAGUUCUGCCGGGCUCCGACCUCGUCCCGCAGGAAAACUACUUCGGCAGGGAGACGCUGGACCGGCUGAGCGCGAAGAGGACGGACAAAGAGUGGAUGGAGGUGAGACAGAAGGACGCAGAUACUGUCUACCUGCUGUUCUCCAGCCUCAGCCCCAUGGUCAGCUGCUCCGAGGGCGACGGGACAGAGGAAACAAAGCUGUGUCGGUUCAGAUAUGAGGCCGUGAGAGAUCUUCUCCAGAAACCUGCCACUGUGCUGGUCUUCUUAGGAGUGGAGAGGAGGAAGACACCCUCCUCCUCCUCCUCCUCCUCCUCCUCCUCCUCCCCUCAGACACAGGAGAUCAGUAAGGAGCCUCCAGCUUGGUUUGCCGUCGGCACAGAUGAAGACGCGGCUGAGCUUCUGAAACGCUGCAGAGAAAAGAACUGUUUGUUCCCGAAGACACCGAACAGAGAUCUGCUGAAACUGAGCGAGGAAGAGGCCGGCGUGGUGGCUCAGGCUCGCUCGGUGCUGGCGUGGCACAGCCGCUACAGCUUCUGUCCGACGUGCGGCAGCAGCACCAGGCUGGAGGAGGGAGGACACAAGAGGAGCUGCCUGAACUCCGACUGCAGGAGCCUGAGGGGCGUCCACAACACCUGCUACCCACGAGUCGACCCGGUCGUCAUCAUGUUGGUGAUUCACCCUGAUGGAAACCAGUGUUUACUGGGCAGGAAGAAGAUCUUUCCUGUCGGCAUGUUCUCCUGUCUGGCUGGUUUCAUCGAGCCUGGGGAGACGAUGGAGGAGGCGGUGAGGAGGGAGGUGGAGGAGGAGAGCGGCGUGAAGGUCGGACCCGUUCAGUACGUCUCCUGUCAGCCGUGGCCGAUGCCCUCCAGCCUCAUGAUUGGCUGCCUCUCUGUCGCCAUAUCGACGGACAUCCGGGUGGACGAGAACGAGAUCGAGGAGGCCCGGUGGUUCCCACGGCAACAGGUGAUCGACUCUCUGUUCAGAGCCGAGUCUCCGACCUUCACCGUCCCUCCCAGACAGACCAUCGCUCACCAGCUGAUCAGACACUGGAUCGGCAUCAACUCCAACCUCUGACCUCUGAGCUCCAGCCUCCGCCCUCAGAACCUGAAGAGGCCAAUCCUCAGACGGAUGAUUAAAUAGGUUUCACUUUGAACACGACGAACCAGCUUCAGAUGGAGGGAAUCACUUGCAACGGUUAAAUUACCUCCGGUCGUGUGAGCGGCUGCUUGUUCGUAUAAAGUUGUGGAGUUGAAGCUCUCGGAGUUUAACUCACUUCAGAAUUCAAGAUGAAGAAGUUACAGGAGGAAAUGUUGAACGUGCCCGGUGUGAGGUUCUUUUAAAACACGUGUUGAAAUCAUUAGCUCGUGAAAAUAAAAGUUCUAAUUUCAGUUAAAUUCUUCACCUUUUUCUGAAAAUCAAAAACCGACAAUCUGUGAUGUUCAACAAUUGUUAAUGUGAUAAACCUUAAAAACAAUAUCACGUUGGCCCCGUAGACGUUCACAUGAGCAAAUCAUCUUCUGGAAUUAAAUUCACGUUAACAUUUUGACUUUGUUUCAACACGGUGGUUGGAUUUCUUUCUUUUUAACAUUAUUUCUUAUGAGUGAAGAAAAACGACCAAAAGCCCAAAUGUUCCUCAUUUGUUUAAUUUUAAGUUUCUUUCAUCAAAAGCAAAAAAGAUCCGCUUUUUCUUUUCUUAUAGAAAAUGGAAACAAAAGAAAUUUGCCUCGUACAAACAUUUAAAAAUGACAAACAGAAAAAAAGAAAGAAGAAAUGCUGUACAGAGGGGAUUCACACACACACACACACAGAGCUGCUGCAGACAAACACAAGAACUUAAAUUCUUCAAGUGAAGUUUGAAACCUGUUAAAAUGUCAAGUUAAUGGAUGUGAGACAAAAAUAAACAACUUUUCCCCCUUAA